AUGAUUUCCGCCACCACUCUUCUGCGCCUGUUGGCAGUCGCUCCCGCUUCUGCCCUCGCCGGUCUGGUCGUCCGAAAUGACACCGAUUUCGACUACAGCGCAGUCUCACUACGAGAGGUUGGAGCUCGAAACACCCUUGAUUGGCGUGUUUGGCUCGAGAAGGAUGGCAACCCAAUCUCUUUCUGGCACGAUAUUCCUCUCUACCCCAACUCCGAGGACAAGUCAAUUAUCAACUUCUAUACCGAGAUUCCCCGAUGGACUGAUGGCAAGAUUGAGACUAAGCGUGAUGAGCCUCUGAACCCAAUCUUCCAUGACGAUAAGAAGAAGCAGCCUCGAUUUGUCUACUCUGUCUGGCCUCACAAGACAUACCCCUUCAACUAUGGCUCCAUUCCCCAAACGUGGGAGAGCCCCAACCACAAGCACAGCCUGACUGGCUAUGUUGGUGACAAUGAUCCUAUUGAUAUUUUCGAGAUCAGCAGCCUCCCACCUGCUGCUGUUGGAGAAAUCAGACAGGUCAAGGUCCUUGGUGGACUGCCCAUGAUUGACGAGGAAACCACCGACUGGAAGGUCAUCGCCAUUGACGUUAAUGACCCUCUUGCCAAGCACGUGAACACUGUCAACGACCUUGACAAGUACCGCCCUGGCCUGCGCCAGCAGUUCCACGAGUGGUUCAUCUACUACAAGGUUAUCAAGGGCGAUGGAAUCAACACCAUCGUGGGUGGUGAAUACAAGGAUGCUGCUAUCAUGCAAGACGUCAUCGCUGAGAGUCACGGCUUCUGGCAGGAUCUCGUCAAGGGCAAGGGUGAACACGAGAAGAACAAGAUCGCCAUCAACCAGACCUCCAACGCCCGCUACUGCAAGUCCUACAUCAAGAGCAGCGAGGCCACCGAGGCUUUCAAUAUCCCUGCCAAGUCCAACAUCCUCCCCGCCGCUGCGCGACCAUCGGAGUAUGACAACUGGUACUACCUGGACUCAGACUACAACCAAAUUAUUGUUUAG